AUGUACGAAUUAAACGAAUGUAGUAACAACUUAAAACCUUCGAAACUUCGCCGGAGUUGUUUCUCGCAAAGCUGUUGUCUGAUUGUUCUUGUCCUCGCUGCUGCUGGCCGCCUCCCUCGCUUUCUGGAGUUGCUGGCUGCUGCUACCUGCAAAGAGAAGAGGAAAGGGAAGAGGAGAGACGGGAGGAGAAGAGAGGGGAAGAGGAGAGAAAGAGGGAGAAUGAGGAGGAACAGAGGAGGCGGGAAGAGGGGGAAAGAAAGAGACGGCUGGAGAGAGGGGGACGAUGGGGCUUCGAAGGAGAAGGGAGGGAGAAGAAAGAGCGAUGGGAGAGAGGGUUGGCUGCCACCAGCACGUGGUGGCGAGUCCCGCCAGAGAAUGAAGAGGCGACGAGAGAAGAGAGAAAGGGAGGAGGGAGGCGUUAGUUGGAGCAGCCUUCGCCGGAGCUCUCGUCGGUCUGCUGGUGGAGAGGCGAGAGACGGGGUCCGGCGACUGGAGAGAGAGGAGAGGGAGGAGGACGACUGGUCGGAAAAAGGAGAGAGGGAGGAGGUUCGACGGGAGAGGGAGAAGAAGAGUGGGGGUGGCGGCUUGGAGAGGGGGGGAGGAAGAGAAAAUGAAUUAAAAUUUUAG